AUGAGCGACAUCAACGGUAAGGCACCUAUCAAUGGCGGUAGCAAUGGAGCACCCCGUCUUGAGGAGCCGAUCAUCAAGGUUCAGCCUCCGAGACGAGAGGACCUUCAGCCUAGCUACGCGAGGGUUAUCCAGCCUGAUGAUGCUGAUGCUGAUACGAACGGAUGGUACGGUGGUAUGAUCAACACUCUAGGUGGAUGUAUUGGUACACUCGGUGCCAUUCCGUGCUGCAUCGUCUGCCCAAACCCCUACAAGCCAGUCAACCAAGGAAACGUUGGUCUCGUGACCAAGUUCGGUCGAUUUGCCCGCGCCGUCGACCCCGGUCUCGUCUACGUGAACCCACUAUCUGAGCAACUUGUUCAAGUCGACAUCAAGAUCCAGAUUGUUGAAGUCCCCAAGCAAGUCUGCAUGACCAAAGACAACGUCUCCCUCCAAUUGACAUCUGUCAUCUACUACCGCAUCACUUCGCCGCACAAAGCCGCUUUCUCCAUUUCCAACAUCCGUCAGGCUCUCGUUGAGCGUACGCAGACGACUCUUCGCCAUGUCGUUGGUGCUCGUGUGCUCCAGGAUGUGAUUGAGCGUCGUGAGGAGAUUGCGCAGUCGAUCCGCGAGAUCAUCGAGGAAACCGCCCUCGGAUGGGGUGUCGAGGUCGAGUCCAUGCUCGUCAAGGACAUCAUCUUUAGCCAGGAUCUUCAGGAUUCGCUCUCCAUGGCUGCGCAGAGCAAGCGUACCGGCGAAGCCAAGGUUAUUGCUGCGCGUGCCGAGGUUGAGGCCGCGAAACUGAUGCGUCAAGCUGCCGACAUUCUAUCAUCCGCGCCGGCUAUGCAGAUCAGAUACCUCGAAGCCAUGCAAGCCAUGGCCAAAUCCGCAAACUCCAAGGUCAUCUUUUUGCCUGCCCAAAACCAGACUGUACAGAGCGCACUCGCCCAAGCCGACUCCGUCGGCGAAGGGCCCAGUUCCCACGGCGCCAACCCAAUGGGUGUCCAGAGUUCCGCAGCCCAGGAGUACGGUGGCAACAGCCAUGGCUUCCAGAGUGCUAUCAACUCGCAUGUUAUUGAAAACAUGUAA